CAACUAGGCAUGGGACGAAACGAGUAUCGCGGUAUUCGGUAUUCGGAACUCGUUUCAUUCUCGGUAUUCGGUAUUCGGGGACUCGGUCUGGUCUCGGCAUUCGGUACUCGGGAAUCAUGAUCGAAUAGUUGAAUUUUCUCGAUUGUUUUAGAGCAUUAAUAAGUGCCAUUACAGUUCAUUAUCUAGCACAACGACGUUUAAAUGCAAAUUAUGAAAUUGAAGAAGAAGAUACAUUGAUAUUACCUGAUCGAACAGCUCAAAAAUAUCGUUUUACUGGAAAAAUUAUUGUUAGUCUUCAAAACAAAAGUGUUCGAAUGGAAACUAUUAAAAAAACAAAUGAAUAUUCUGUUAUUGAAGAUUCAUUACGACCAACUGAACAAAAUCUUCAACAAUUACUUGAACGUAUUACAUCUUAUGGGAAUGAUCGUAAUGUUCAAUUAUUACAAUUAAUUGAUUUAAAUUUACUUUCAUCAAAAAGUACUCAUGAUGAGAAGAAAAUUUUUGAAACAUUAAAAGAACGAUAUGAUGAAUGUAUGGAAUAUAAACAUUCAAUGAUUAUCUAUGAUCUUGAUUCAUUAAUUGGAGUCAAUAAAUCCGAAUCUAAAUCAUCAAUGGGAACUUCAGUUAGUUCAUCGGUUGUUAGUCAGAGUAUUUAUAUUUACGUCACAAGUCGUUUUCGUGAAGCGAAAAUUGAAGCAAGUCGAUCGGAUAAAUGA